AUGUUGUUGGUAGUUCUGUCGUGCGUUCUGGCCGUGGGCGCUGCGUGUCCGUGGGCGUGCUCAUGCCGCCCAGGUGCCGCUGACUGCGCCCACCGUGCCCUGCUGCAUGCGCCUAGGAGACUGCCCGUUGAUGCCCACAGGCUAGAUCUUCAAGGCAACAAUAUAAGCAUCAUCUUCCAAAGUGAUUUCCAGAACCUGAAAGAACUAAAGAUUUUACAAUUAUCAGAGAACCAAAUUCACACUAUAGAGAGAGAUGCGUUCUUGGAGCUUAACGUACUGGAGAGAUUGAAACUGAGCAAUAAUCGACUCGGCCACAUACCUGAUGGUAUUUUUCUGAGAUUGAGGCAUCUACAACGUUUGUGA